AUGGAGGGAACCAACAGCUGCUCAAAAUGUAAACAAGUUUUAACUCUAGAAAAUUUCAAGAGGUGGAGGGGGAAACUGACAAAAACGUGCAUCAAAUGCCUCGAUAUUAAUCAAGCGUCAAAAGAUCGCAGCAUGUGUCCUUAUAAAAGGCGGAGGGCCUAUUACAAAGACUGUGGAGGAAGUCAGAAUUGCCACCAUCAAAAACAGAGGGCCUGUUGCAAAGACUAUGGGGGAAAUCAAAUUUGCCUUCAUCAAAGGUUGAGGUUUCAAUGCAAAGACUGCGGGGGUGGAAGCAUUUGCGAACAUCAAAAUAUAAGAUCUCGGUGCAAGGAAUGUGGAGGUGGAGGUAUUUUCGAACAUCAAAAAGGAGAUCAACGUGCAAAGACUGUGGGGGUGAAAGCAUAUGUCCCCAUCAAAGAGGUGAGGUCUCAAUGCAAAGACUGUGGAGGUGGAAGCAUCUGCCCUCAUCAAAGGAUGAGAUCUCGUUGCAAAGACUAUAAGAAGACAGGUAUCAUAUCGUCAACAAUGAACAACGUCUCUUCACCUGCCAGCAACGAGGACAAUUGUUGA